CCCCCCGCUCCGCCCUCGUUGGAGAAGCGCAGAAAGGCACAAAGCUGGCCUUGCACGCCUUUGUCGCGUUUAAAUAUGAAACAAGUUGAAGUCACGUCACGGGACUGACUAAAUGGGGCUUCUGCUACUGGGCCUGAUUCUCCGCUACUGGAUCGCCACUGUGGAGGGUUCAUGCUCAGCUAGUAGCGCUGUGACUUGUGAUGAAUGUCUCCAACUUGGUCCACACUGCGCCUGGUGUACACAGGAGAAUUUCACAAACUGGUUGUCAGUCGGCGAAAGAUGUAACACUGCGGAACGCCUGCUGGAGCGGGGAUGCGCGGAAAGCUUUUUGGAGUUCCCCAUUUCCGAGGGAAGGAUCCUGGCCGAUCGACCGCUCGGGAAGAAGAGUGGCGGAGUGAACCUCACUCAGAUCUCCCCGCAGAAAAUGGCACUCCGGCUACGGCCCGGCAGUCAGGUGACGUUCCAGGUGAAAAUCCAGCACACCGAAGACUACCCCGUGGACCUCUACUACCUGAUGGACUUGUCCGCGUCCAUGAUCGAUGAUCUGAACACCAUCAGGAACCUCGGCUCCACCCUGUCCAAGGAGAUGGCCAACCUCACCAGUAAAUUCCGCAUGGGCUUUGGUUCUUUUGUGGAAAAACCCGUUCUACCCUUCAUCAAGAUCACAGAAGAAGAGCUCGCCAACCCUUGCAGCAGCGCCGGGGUGAGCUGCUUGCCGACAUUCGGCUACAAACACGUCUUGUCCCUGACAAGCAACACGGACAAGUUCAACGAGAUGGUCUCGGCGCAACACGUGUCCGCAAAUGUUGACAUCCCGGAAUGCGGCUUCGACGGCGUCAUGCAGGCAGCUGUUUGCGGGGACAGGAUCGGUUGGAGGAAUGAUUCCAUGCGUUUGGUGGUGUUCGUCAGCGAUGCCGACUCGCAUUUCGGGAUGGACAGUAAAAUGGCCGGCAUCGUCAUUCCCAACGACGGCCAGUGUCACCUGGACGCCAAUAACGACUACUCCAUGUCCACGGAGCAGGAGUAUCCGACCCUGGGCCAGCUGAUUGAUAAAGUCGUGGAAAACAACAUCUUACUGAUAUUCGCCGUGACGGAAAAUCAGAAGCAAAAUUAUGAAAACUACGCAAAUCUCAUACCCGGCGCCACCGUGGGAGUCGUGGCCACAGAUUCUCGCAACAUCCUCCAACUGAUUUUAACAGCGUACAAAGAGCUCCGAUCAGAGAUUGAACUGGAGGUCCUUGGGGACACGGAAGAGUUACGCAUGUCCUUCGCCGCUAUUUGUCCAAAUGGUUCAGUGCUUACGGACCUCAAGCGGUGUUCUAAUGUCAAACCUGGAGAGACGGUGGUGUUCAACGUGUCCGUCGAGCUUCCAGGAUGCCUGUCGGGAAACAGGCGCUUCUCCUUAAAGCCGGUGGGCCUCCAGGACACUCUGGACAUCGAACUGGAGUCGGUUUGCUCCUGCGAGUGCCCGCGGCCUCCCGCAGCCGACGGGAGCAACCGGUGCACGGAGGGCCGGGGGGUUUUCCGCUGCGGCGUGUGCGCGUGCCAGCCGGGCUUCUCGGGAGAGGAGUGCGAAUGCGACGAGGAAAGCGCGCUGCCGAGCAGCUGCGCCGCAAACAACGAGAGCGACGUAUGCAGCGGUCAGGGGCAAUGCUACUGCGGGCAGUGCGCGUGCGACACGUCCACCUUCGGUCGCAUCUACGGGCCGUACUGCGAGUGCGACGACUACUCGUGCGUCCGCUUCCGCGGGGAGCUCUGCGGGGGCCACGGGGAGUGCGACUGCGGAGAGUGCCUGUGUCAAAGCGGCUGGACGGGGGAGUACUGCAACUGCAGCGGCAGCAGCGAGGCGUGCCGUUCCCAGGACGGGGUCCUGUGUAGCGGACGGGGCAAGUGCGAGUGUGGCCGCUGUGUCUGCUUGGUACCGGGAGCAUCGGGGGACUUGUGCGAGAAGUGCCCCACGUGUGGAGAUGCCUGUUCGAUAGCGAGGACAUGUGUCGAGUGUCAUAUUCAUGCAAAAGAGGAUGUUGAGCUGUGUGAGCAAAACUGCAGUCUCCCCAAGAUUUACAUCAACACGACAGCAGGAGUGGACGAGAGCGCCUCGAAGCAAUGCACGCUGAUGUCGGGGAACGAGUGCUGGAUCUCGUUCCGUGUCCUCGGAGGGGACGCGAUGACGGUCUACAAUCUUCACAUGUACGGUUGCCCCGACCCGCCCAACAUCCCCAUGAUCAUCCUCGGCGUCUCACUUUCCAUCGUGUGCAUCGGACUCAUCCUGCUGGCUGUUUGGAAAGCGCUGGUGUCGGUUCACGACCGCAAAGAGGUGGCCAAGUUUGAGGCGGAGAUGGCCAAGGCAAAAUGGGAGUCGGGAACCAACCCGCUGUUCAGAAGCUCAACAUCCACAUUUAAAAACGUCACCUACAAGAACAGAGAACGGGACAAGAUGAUUGCGAUGGAUCACUACUGAGGAUAAGCUGGAGGCGACGCCGACCGGCAUGAGUGCACUUUGUGUGUGUGUGUGUGAGUCUAGAGUAUGUGUGUGUGUUUAAAAUGGGAAUGCGAUAUAUAUAAAUAGUUUUUUUUUUUUUACUGCUGCAUUAAAAAAAGCUCUGGAUCGGGUUCAGAGAAAACCGCCAGACUGUGACCGUGUUAUGGCCGCGGGUCGUAACGUUUGCUGCUGUUUGCACCGCAGUUUGACUGCAGGCGCGAAUGCGCACUGACGGACAAUCGCGAUGAUCUCCGCCAUCUCAGAGAGAGAACACAAAAAUAUAUGAGUGGUCGACUACUGAAAAAAAAAAAAAAAGAAUAAAUGUCGUGUUAUCUAGUGAAUGUAAAUGUCAAAUUUAUAAUUUUCUCCCCCUUUUUUGUUGUAAUGUAAGGCUGAGCCUUCACUGUUGGGAAUAAAAUGCAAUGGUGUGGCCUGACUUUUUGUUUUAAGAUCACAACACACUCAAAUGAGUACACUCCUCACCUUAAUGUCAAGUUAUAAUUGUACUGUACACCUUUU